CGGUCACUGCGAAAAGGCCCAGGUGUUGAUCAAACGACAUGACGUCACGAAAUCUUUGGCUACACUUCCUGGUCGUUCUUCGCUGCUGUGGAUAAUCGUGGAACUGAAACGGUCCGCCACAAGCUGCAAGAACAGGGGCACAUGCUUGGAGCGAGAACAUGUUCAUGUUAAGAUACUCAUUACAUACCUACACAUAGUUGCAUUGGUACGCGAGGUUUGCUACUGUCGCUAUUCAGACAGUAAUCAAGCCGGCGAGAGCUGUCGCGAUGGUGUAACCAUGGACAGCAGAAUAAACGAAAAACCAGACAGAACAUUCGAUCUAGCGUUGCAGGUGGCAUGCCCUGCGUCCGAAAAUGAAGAUCCAGCCGUGCUGUGGAAGUUCCCCCAGGACUUCGGAGACCAGGAGGUCCUUCAGACUGUGCCUAAGUUCUGCUUCCCUUUUGAUGUGGAGAGAGUGUCCCAGAAUCAGGUGGGCCAGAACUUUACAUUUGUGCUCACGGACAUCGAGAGCAAGCAGAGGUUUGGCUUCUGUCGGCUGACGUCCGGAUGUCGCGUCUGCAUCUGUUUGCUUAGUUAUCUCCCUUGGUUUGAGAUUUACUACAAGCUGCUGAAUACACUGGCCGACUACUUAACAAAACACCAGGAGGAUGACUUGAAUGACAUGUUAGAAUCACUGCACAGCUUGCCCGUGCCAAAGCCCAACACUCCCGUCAAUCUGAGUGUGACUGCGUGGCUGCAUAUUGCCACGGGGCAAGUAGUGAACGCUUCAAGAAGCCAAGAACCGCACUCAUACUUCAUUGCUCCUGAUAUUAAUGGACUUCCCACCAUACCUGAGAGUAGGAACCUGACUGAGUACUUUGUGGCUGUGGAUGUGAACAACAUGCUCCAGCUGUACGCCAGCAUGCUGCACGAGCGGCGCAUCAUCAUUACCUCAAGCAAGCUUAGCACUUUAACUGCAUGUGUUCACGGUGCUGCCUCCAUGCUGUUCCCAAUGUACUGGCAACACAUAUACAUCCCCGUGCUCCCACCUCAUCUGCUGGACUACUGCUGUGCCCCCAUGCCAUAUUUGAUUGGCGUUCAUCUCAGUCUCCUAGAGAGAGUGAAGAGCCGGUCGCUGGAAGACGUGGUGAUCCUGAACGUGGACACAAACACACUGGAGAGCCCGUCGGAUGAUCUGCGAAAUCUACCUAGCGAUGUGGUCUCCACCCUGAAGAGUAAGCUGAAGAAGCAGUCCACGGCGACGGGAAGCGGCGUGGCCCGGGCCUUCCUGCGCACUCAGGCGGCUCUGUUUGGCUCCUACCGUGACGCCCUGAGAUACAGACCCGGUGAACCAAUCACAUUCUGUGAGGAGGGUUUCGUGGCCCACCGCUCCAGCACCAUGCGCGCCUUCCUGGAGACUGCUGUCAAUGCUCAGCUCUUCAAACAGUUCAUCGAUGGCAGAUUGGCCAAAUUAAACGCAGGCCGGGGCUUCACCGAUAUGUUUGAGGAGGAGAUCACAGAGGGAGGCUUCUGUGGAAGUAACACCAGGUCUUACCAGCAGUGGAUGCAUACAGUGAAGAAAGGAGGUGCUUUUUUCAAUACAGCAGUGUUCAAGACCAAGAGUCACGUCAAGCAAGGCUUUAGGGGGAUGCGGAGCCGACUGAAGCAAAGGCCGGGUGAUGAUGAUGACAGGUCAUGCGGUGGCGGCUCCCCUACCAGCACUAAGAGUCUCUCGCCACGGAGGCUUCAGAAGAGAAGAAAGGCCUUUCCUCACCAAGUUAACCCUCUGAACUGCAUGGACGCUCUUCUGCUAAGAGUGACAGGAGCUAGGAGCGCAGAGGACGUCUUUAAUUACGACAGCAAGCUUGCCAUCGGCUGUCCAGAUUACACCCUGGAUGAGGACGAGCAGGACAGCGCCAGCAAGAUCUCGUCAGAAGACAGCGGGGAGGUGCCCUCCUACACGGAGGACAGCGACGACUCGUACGAGCUGGAGCCGGAGGUGGCCCCCUCCUCGGGCCACAUGACGCUCCUGGAGGAGAUCCUGGACUCGCUGAGCAGCACCAGCACCGGCACCCAGCCGGGCCGCCUCUCCGCAGCCAAGAGCCUGGACUUCCUGCGCUCCAUUGACGAGCUGGACUACAAGCCCAAGAGGAGACCCAGCCCAUCCAGUGAGAGCCAGCAGACCUGUGGUGACAGCUGCAGCAGCACCAGCAGCUGUGGCGGGGUGGGUGGAGGAGGAGGAGGCGGCAGCAGCGGCGACGGCGGCAACGGGGGCUCAUUUUGUUGUUCGACAGAGCCGGCCGGGGGCUGGCACCUGGGCCAGGAUGACAGCGUGGUGCACGGUAAACACCUGCCCCCCUCGCCACGCCGCCGGCCCAGCUACAAACCCCCCGCUCCCGCGCAGCGGGCACGGGCUCACACUGACGACCCCGCAAUACACACCUUACACACUCUAUCGGUCCACACCAGCAGUGUCCCUCCAGCGCCCAAACCUUGUACCACACCCACACCACAAACACCCCCAAACUCCCCAGAAGAUCUCCCCCAGUCAGAAAGGGACCCUCCGCAGUCUCCAUCCCCUACGAGACGCCACCUGUCCAGCCCUGAAUCUCUCAGCCUGGCUCCAGAGCCCCUGCCCAGCGGCCCAGAGUCCCAGCAGGCCACGCCUGGAGCCAUCCGCCGGAGAGUCCUCUCCAAAGUGAAGCUGAAGAAGUACCAGGAGGGGACCAGGCAGAGUGCCGCCCUCAUCCCCUGGCAGAGGGACGUCAGCGGGGCGGGAGAGAGAGAGGGCAAGAGGGAUGAGCUUGAGGCGGGGCUGGAAGAGGAGGUGCAGGAGAAAGGCCUCCUGGAGGAGAUCGAGUCCCUGUGCCACCUCAGCUCCUCCCUGCACACCAGCCUAGAGCUUACACAGGUGCACAACAACACUGACGAGAGCUGAGCAGACUGGCUAGGGUGCACACUUACACACACGCACACGCACACUUACACACACACACACACGUACGCACGCACACACAGACAGGCACACAUACAGACACACAUCUGUUAGACAUAUACAGCUCUUACAGGUACACACACAAUGCAAAUGCUCAGCUACGAGCUGAAUGUUCUCAGACACACACGCGCACACACACACACACACACACACACAUAUACAUACAGACACACAUCUGUUAGACAUAUACACCAGCGAUAGCUCUUUCAGGUACACACACAAUGCAAAUGCUCAGCUACGAGCUGAAUGUUCUCACACACACACACACACACACACAUCAAUAUCUUAUGCAGGUAUAUAGAAAAUAUUCUCACACUCAAACCAGCAAGUGACCCGUUAAGCACACACACAAGUCGCGUUCCAGUCACAUACUUCCAUGUGUACACACACACACACACACACACACACACACAUACACACACACAUACACACACAAGAUAUUUUAAGGUCUUUUCUGUCCAACUGCCAGUUUCAUGUUAUGUCCUGCUGUACAUUUAAUUUAGAACUUUAGAAUGUCUAUAUCUGAAACAUGCACUCAUCUUGUCCUUUCACUAUAUCUACAUUCAUGCAAACAAGGUUGAGCUGGAGGAAAUCAGAACAGAAUUGCGGCCCUGGAGGGAAGGUAGACAGUAUUUUCUGACUACUAAUGAAAAAAAGGGAGCCCUUAUUUUCUCUCCUUUAUCCCAAUACAAUUGCCCUUAUAUAGUGAGCAUCCCUUUUAAAAAACCCUGUUGCAAUGACUUGCACUUGUACAGAAGGGUACUUUAUACAUCACUGUUACAUUGUAAGAAUGACGCCACUAUGUUACUUCCUGGUUCAAAGCGCUCGAGAUGAGUUCAGAAUGACUGAAGAGAAUCCUCCACUGUAAGGCCACACGAGCAUGCUGCAGUGCCUUAAAGAGGACGUCUUAAUUAGCUUUUGGCAACGCCGUAAUGUUACACGCAGCAGUCGGAAUAUGGUACUGUAGAAAUGUAGGUAGAGCAGAGUAGAGCUUUAUUGUAGAGUUAUAUAUUUAUGUACUGGAGGGCAUGACCGGUGAUUCUCAGGUCAUCCAUCAGAAAGAAAGUGUGUGCCGGCCCUGAAGCUGCACAUUCUCAGAAACAAAAAUCAGUUAUGAACAAAGUUUGAGUUUGUAAAGAUCAAACAGUAUUUCAUCCGUCUCUUCCGCCAUGCCCUCAUAGUAACAGUUAGUUGGGGCCAGUAGCCUAAGAUAAUAGAGCCGGUUACCUAUCCAAGCACUUUUAAAAAAAGAAAAGAAAAUCCUCUCUGUCCUUUCCCUUCCCUCACACUGCACCUGAAGUAGAAUGAAUCCAAAUAGUGUUGAUCAGUCAUCCAAGUCACAAGAGAUGAGUGCAUGACUGCUAACUGAAAGGAUGCGGUGAGAGAGAGGAGCCUCUGCAGAGACUGUACUGAACCCCAUGUCUCUCCCCAGGGACGUCUUGAAAGACUGAUGGAAACAUCAUGUCCAGUUUCGUCUGCUGUUGCUUGGUCGUUGUCCCUAAUGCAUUGUAAAGAAGCAAUACUCUUAAUGUAAUUAUGUAGGCGCAAGCUUUUUUCAGGGAUCUUCACGUUCAGCUACCUAUAGGCACAUUCCCCGUGCCCAGCCCAAGAGGGAGCUGAUUGGUUCAGCUCGACACCAGCCCUGGCAGAGGUGAGCUCCAGUGCGGUUUGGCCUCGGGUCAGUGCUGGUCUCAUCCCUCCAGAUGGAAUGUGUAGGCUGGCGGGUUUUUUUUCUUUCUUUCUUUCUUUUCUCUUUAAGCAAUUUAUGUGGGGUGUCAUUCCUCGGGACACUUUAAUGAUGUUUCUCACCCCCUCCCGGGCACUGCCCUGUAGUAUCGACCCGCUCGUAAAGCUGUAGGCCUUUUUAUUUCUUUAUUUUCACAUUUGAAAGACUCAUUGUGGUCAUUCCAUUAGCUUCAGGAGAAGUUAGUGUUGCCCCGCUAUGCCCAUUGCCCUAGUACUGUUGCCAGUAGAGGGAGCAGACUCAGGAAGAGUCUGGGUCGUAGUCUAGGAUUUCAGCCCAACCAAAACUUUCUAUUAUGCUAUGCAAGGGUCAGUAAUUUUCAAAGGUCCCUAUCUGUUUCUUUAUUUGUUAUUGACCCCUUAAAAAUGACAAUAUGAUAAGUGUUUAAUGUAGAACUAUUGUAAGGUUACGCGGCCUUUAGGGCCCACAUAUGACCGUUAUUGCUUUGUAAACUGAGAUAUGUUUAUGCAAAUCAGCAUUACCUGUGAAAAACUCAUCACUGAAGCUCUCUGUGUUCCUACAUUAAGAAAGGAAAAAAAAAUCUAGGAAUACCUGUAAUGAUGUUUGAUUGAAAUUGGUUGGUGAGGAGGAAUGGUCACUGUCGGACACUUUUCCAGUUUAAAGACCCGCUAGCAUCACACUCUCUGCCAUCAUACAUGAAUUCACCAGUGACCGUACUGUUGUGGCUCGUCAGGUGUAUUUUGCAUGCCCAUAAGCGGUUUGCCAGAUAUUUGGUCACCAUUGAACCAUUGGCACACACACACACACACACACACACACACACACACACACACACACACACACACACACACACACACACACACACACACACACACACACACACACACACACACACACACACACACACACCCACCCACCCAUGCUAGUGAGGACUGUCGGACAGGGCCUAGCCAGCCUGGUGGCUGGAGAGCUGCCUCAUCACGCCCCUGUUGUUAAUCGACUAAUCAAAAGACAGAGUUGGCUCAAGAACACUGUCACGCCUUUAGUGGCCACCUAAUGGCAAGGUUAAAAUACCUUUAAAGACCUGCACGCAUGGCAGCUCUCCAGGAACAGGGCUGCCAAGCUCCUGCUUUAUAGCUUUGCUAGGAGUCAACCCAAGAUUGUAAGAGUGCCUUAUGUGAAUAUUAAGUGUGUGUGUGUGUGUGGGGGGGGGGGGGGGGGGGGAUAAAAGGAUGGUAUGUGGCAUCAUGCUCAAAAUACAGAAUCUGUCUACUGCAGGAACUGUGUUGGUCCGUACCAUCGGCUUAAGUGUUAAAUUCAAAAUGGUACAGGAACUGACUACUGACCCAUGUGAGUGAGGCCUGUGGGUCCUUGGGGUAAAUGCAUCAGGCACUAAUGGUACAGCACGCGUGUUUGUCGUCCAAAGUUCCAUUGCAUGCACCACUGCCAGGCUUGUACUCAUUUGAUGCUGUUUGUCUGAUAUUGACAUGUUUACGUCUUUGUCCUGUAUUUUCUGGCCUGGCCCGGCCCUAGGCAGAAGAGUGGUCUUAAGUCUGCUCCAAUUCCAAACCUAUUCCAGAGGUGUAGCCAUAAAGUUGAGGCAGUGUAGACUUAAGUAGAAAUUAGGUCAGUAUUGUUUUAGUUGUUUUUUUUUUUCUUUCUUUUUUACAGUGUGACUUAGUUUUGUUUGCAAGUGUACAGACACUUUAUUGACAUGGUGUUGGCCCAACUGUCCCUUUUUUCCCUCAGUAAAGCAACAAAGAUGAUCUCAACAUCUUUCAUUUACAUUUUUCUUUUUUCCGUCUUUUGAGUGCAGUUGUUUCUGCUUAUGCCGAUAAUUCUAAACUUUGACUGUCACAGUUGAUGACAGUUUUUCCUGUAUUUGACUGAAUUGUGUGAUUUUUACGUUCUUGGGCUUUUCAGUAAUUGAUUUUUAUUUUCAUUGACAAAACAGUAGAGUGUGUUCCAUUUUGUCAGUUACUGCUUGUAUCAGGAAAAUCCAUAAAUGCCUUGCAAAAUACCAUUUUCAGUAUAUUUCAAAUAAUUCGAUGUCUUAAAACACAUGCUCUACACCCUUGAAUGCUGUAUGUUAUGACAUUCUUGUUAUUGUCUAUCUACUGUAGUUGCUUAGAGGGUCCACUGAAAAGAAUCUGAACAAAAUGAAGCUUUGCACAUGUACAUGAAGUUGCUCUCUGGUUGGUCAGAUACACUUGUGUGUGUGCAGGGGGGCAAGCUUAAAAUGUUACUGACAUUGACUUUGUUGCUGUGCUUGCUGUGUGUACCACAAACCAUGUGAAGUGUAUUUUAUUUCGAUGAAUAGGGACAAUGAUUGAGAAAGUAAACUGUAACUGAAAAGAACAGUUAAAGAUGUAUUGUACAGCAUUUUGGGUAGGAGUGGAAAUCCAGCAGAGCUCAAUGGCAUGUGACCACAAUGUAAUUUUAGCCCUGUUUUAUUUACAGGGGCAUCUAGUGGCUUGUGAGCAGCUCAAUACAUCUUUGAUUUUAUACUCAUUUUUUUUGUUAUGUAUUUUAUGUCCGGCCAUGUUACAUCAGCCAUUUAAACAUCAGUUUUCGAUGUGAAGUAAUAUAUUUAUCCACGAUGCUUUUUGAGAAUGCUCUCCUUGAAAUGAAAAUCCCCUCAUAACUAACAUGUUGGGCAAAACCUUUGUGUGACUGGGAAGGAUAAAAACGUGCAGUGUUUUGACCUCAGUGUCAAGAACCCGGAGACAUCAUCAUCAUCAUAUCACCAUCCCUUGACUUUAUUUCACAUGGUGUUCAGUGACAAUAUACAGACAACAGUGUCACAGUAGUUGCGGCUCAGAAAAGCUGCAGCAGCAGAGUCAGCAUCUGCAGGAAACAUGUCGAGAGUGGUAUUUGGGUACUGUGGCAUUUUUGCGUAACGUCUGAAUGCAUUUACAAAUUUGAGUGUUCUAACUCGACUGCACACUUGCAUGUUCUCGAUACAGAGAAGACUCUAAGUCAAUCUCCUGUGCUAUACAAUUACUGGUACCACUGUAUGCACUGUGAACAGAAUAAAUGAUAUACAUGUUUA